AUGGGAAUAAAAAGUUCGACACUAAAUAGUAUCGUGCCGUUUAGUCAAGCGAAAUCGGUGAAAACAUCACAAGGUGGUCGCAAUAGAAAUAUUCCGAUAUGUUUAGCUGAUAAACCAGUUCAAUAUGAGAGAACAAGUUCUUCAACAAAUGCAAAACCUCCACGUUUGGUUGAAAAUACCGUGCUAGUCUGGCUCGAUGGUUCACUUGAUAAAAAAACCGAAUUGAACAAUGGUUUAAUGGGUCAAUUUAAUCGUGUUGCUAAUAUUAUUCAACCAUUUUUUAAUCCUGACGAAUGCUUUAAUUUUAUUAAUUCGGUGAAAGAUGAAAAAAUAUAUUUUAUUGUAUCCGGUUCACUUGGUCAACAGAUGGCACCACGUUUAGAAAAUUUAGAUCAAGUUCAACACAUUUAUAUUUUCUGCGGAAAUAAAGCUAAUCAUGAACAAUGGACAAAAGAAUAUAAGAAAAUAAAAAGCAUUCAUACGAAAAUCAAAGAACUUUGCGAGACAAUCAAGUAUGAUAUUAAUAAAUGCGAUAAACGUUUAACAUCGAUUAGCAUUCUUUCACAAGUAUCGAUGGCGCAUUUAGAUGAUUCAGAUAAAAAAUUUGUUUAUUUACAAAUGAUUAAAAGUACAAUUUUAGAAAUAAACUAUGAUAAAAAAGUUCGAAAAGAAUAUACUGAUUUCGCACGACAAUUUUAUUUAAAUAGCGAUCAACAAUUAAAUAUUAUUGAUACAUUCGAAGAAAAUUAUAAUCUUCAUUCGCCUAUAUGGUGGUAUACAAGAAAAUCUAGUAUAUAUCAUAUGCUAAGAAAAGCAUUUUAUAAAAAAGAUUUGGAAAUCAUUUGUCAAUUAGCAUUCUUUAUUCGAGAUCUCAAUAGAGAUAUUAAAAAAUCUCAUUUACAAACGCAUAAUCAUCAACGUAGUCCAGUAACUGUUUUUCGCACAACAGCCAUCAAGACUGCUGACUUUGAAAAACUCGAAAGAAGCGAAGGUCGUGUUUUAGCUUUUGAUGAUUUUUUAAUAGCAACUCUCGAAUUAAAUGUUGCAGUGAAAUUUGCCAAUACACUAUGUAAUGAUCCCGAUAUGAUUGCUAUAAUAUUUAGAAUUGAUAUCGAUCCGAUCACAUCAACAAUACCGUAUAUUGCUUUAAAUAAUUUAAGUUUCUUAUCGAACACGGAAGGCGAAGUUCUAUUUUCCAUGAAUACAAUAUUUCGUAUUGAAAAAUUAGAAAAAAGUCAAGAUCGUUUAUAUCAAGUUAAUUUAACAGCAUUGGGUAAAAAGGAUGAAGAAGUAAAAAAUAUUUUGGACUAUAUGGACGAAGUUACACUUGGCUUAUCUGGAUGGUAUAAAUUAUCUAAACUUCUCGUCGAUGUGAAACAAUAUGACGUAGCAGAAAAUAUCUAUAAGUUUUGUUUUUCUCAAACACAAGAGAAGCAUCGUGAAGAACGUGCUUUUAUUCAACAUGAACUUGGUCAUUUAAAUGAACUUAAAAAUAAUUAUCCUUCGGCAAUAGAACAUUAUCGAACUGCUCUCGAUAUUCAUUUGACAUAUUUAGAAGCGGUUCAUCCUACGCUUCUACCGACACAUGUUAAUCUUGGUGAUGUUUUACUAAAGAAUGGUGAUUUUAAUGAAGCAAUACAGCAAUAUAAAAGCGCUAUGAAAAUCGAAAAACAUGAGAAAUUGAAUGUACCUGUACAGCAUAAUAACAUUGGUAAAGUUUUUCUGAAACAAAGAAUGUAUUCUGAAGCACAACAAAAUUUUGAGAAAGCCGUUCAAAUUUUACUUCAAGAAUUUCCAACAGCUCGACGUGAAUUAGCAGAUACGUAUCAUAAUAUCGGUGAAGUGUAUUAUUUAAUGAAAGAUUAUGCAAAAGCUUCCAAUUAUUACGAUAAAACACUUGAACUUGAUCAUAAAAUAUUUUCUCAAAAUGAUCCUUCACUAGCAUCGACUUAUUAUAAUUUAGCAACAGUAAACGAAGCACUUAAACUUCAUAAAAAAGCUAUUCAAUAUGUCGAAAAAGCUGUUGCAAUCGUUCAAGCUUUCUAUGGAAACGAUCAUGCAGAAACGAAAGCAUAUGUGAAAUAUCUGACACAGCUUCAGCAGACUUCUUAG